AUACAAGUUACUUUGACAAAGAAAAAUACAUGUCACCUACUAAACACAUGAGUGGACUAUUAUUAUGCGCCUAAUUUUGGUCCUCCUUCCCAAAAUAAAAACAGAACUGAAUCAAAACGCUCGCUCCAUUUUAUUGUAAUCCUCCCCGACAAUUUCUCCAGUUACCAUAUCCAACACCCCAUGUAUACAUACACAUAUACAUACAUACAGAAUAAACUAUUUUUAGCCCCAAUUCAGUAAAAAUAUACAAAAUUAGGGCUUGGAUUUGGAUCAUGAAUAUCUCUCCAUCGUUAUUCCCGGAUUGCCUUUGAUUUGUUGAUUAGUUGAGAUUGUAGGAGCUGUUUAUAAGAUUUUUUAGAUUAGAGGGGGAUUGUGAUAGAUUUAAUAGGUGUUUUUCGGUUUGAGUUGAUUUUCAUUGGUGUGAAUUUGGUUAUGGAGUUGGAGAUUGCGCCUCAUUCUACGAGUAGGGUCCAGUGUGGUGAUUGUGAGUGUGAUUGUUCAACGAUGAAUAGGUCAUCUUCUGGGACUUGGCUUCGUACGGUGAAGCGGAAGUAUGGGGAAUUUGAGGUUGAGAAAGAGGAGUUUGAGAUACCUGGAUUGGAUAUUGAUAUUUCUCAGGUUGCGAAGGUUGAGCUUGGGAAUGAAUGUUUUAUGCUUCGUGAAAUGGUUACGAAUCAACAGGAGUCGAUAAAUGAGCUAUCGGUGGAGUUGGAGAAGGAGAGGAAUGCGUCGUCAUCUUCGGCUAAUGAGGCAAUGUCGAUGAUUUUGAGGUUACAGAGAGAGAAGGCUGAGGUUCAGAUGGAGCUUAGGCAGUUUAAGCGGUAUGCAGAGGAGAAGAUUGCACAUGAUGGAGAAGAGAUCUUGGCAUUGGAGGAAUUGUUGUAUAAGAAGGACGAAGUUAUUGAAUCGCUCACGUGUGAGAUAGAAGCUUAUAAGAAUAGGUUGAUGAGUUAUGGUAUUAUGGAUCGCGAGGCUGAGGGAGAAAAAGGUGUUGUUAGCCGAGAGAAUAGCACAGACAGCUGGGAGGGCUCGUAUGACAUUCCGACUUAUGAUUACCCUCCAAUUAAGUGCAGUACAAAUGAGAAUCAGGUCACUCAUGAAGUCAAAAAUGAUGUAGCUGAUGUGGAGAAUGUAGUUGGCGACAGGCCACCGUCUCGAGAUGAUCUGAAGGAUUUGGAAUAUCGGAUAAAUCAAUUGGAACAAAGUCCAACGCAAAGUCAGCCUGAUGUAGAAGCUUUUGCCACAAAUAAUGUGCUUGAAAAGGUGAUAGUUGGUCAUUCUCCAAGGCCAUACAGGCAUGUGAGAAGAUCCUCUAAUGACAGUUCAAGCUCAAUUCCUGCGAUUGUUAAGGAAACAAGUUCAGAUAUUACCUAUGAUCUUGGCAGUGCUAAGAAGAAGGAAUGUGUACAUGUACAUGUAGAGGAAUAUCCUGAUUUAAGAAAUUUUGAUAUCUCAUCUGAAGUUGAAGAUGACAUGAGUGAUAGAGUAUAUACUGUUGAUUCUGUUCAUGGUGUUCCAUAUAAUAGCGUCACGGAACAAAAGGUUUCUGUUGGAACAUCUGAAGAUUAUGUGACCAAGCAUAAGGAGCCACUCUAUGCAGGAGAUCUGGGGGAUCCGGAAAUUAAGAGGCUGUAUACGAGACUUCAGGCACUUGAGGCUGACAGAGAAUCUAUGCGGCAGGCACUGAUUUCUAUAGGUACAGAGAAGGCACAAUUGGUAUUACUGAAGGAGAUAGCUCAACAACUGUGUCAAGAUAUGUCACCUGCGAGAACACUGCCUGUGAGAAAGACAUCUGUUAUUAGUAGCUUCUCAAUUUUCUCAUUUUUUAAGUGGAUUGUGUCAUUUGUUUUUUGGAGAAGGAAAGUACGUCAACCCAGGUAUACGUUUGGCAUGUCACCAAAAAAUAUUGGAUUACUGACCCUUUUGGACAAGGGACCCUAUGGAAGGCCAUGGAGAUCUAUUUCAAGUACAAAAAUUGGAUCUAUUUCAAGUACAAAAGUUUGAAAUUAUGAUAAUGAUGAAGAGUGCAGACCAUCAUCGUCUUCAGGUUCAAGAUUGUGUUUCUGGUUUUCAUGAGCAAGUUUAGUAUGUGACAUUUCAGUAUGCAGUGUUCUUAUAUUUCCUUUGUUAAGAUUGAAGUGCUUAGUGCUUGACCACCGAAGAUAUGGAUACAAUUGAUUCUUGAGCUUGUAUUCUUCUGCAUUCAUUUUAUCUCGAGUAUUCCGAUGUUCAGAAAUUAGUCUUGUAUAUUACCCAACACGAGCAUCCUCCCUAUGUAGUCUUGUACAGUAGAUUCAGUGAUGGUUGCCAGUCAGACAAGUUGCUAUUCUUUUUUGUGAAGCAGUUUGAAUUGUUCCAAGCAAGGAAACCCAAGGAGUGUGAUGCUGCUUCUUGCUAGUCGUGAGCAUUGCUUGUUUAUGUAUCGUUAAAUUUCUGAUUUUUUGUGUUGUGCUGAUUGCACUCUGAUAAGAUUGAUCAAAUUCUAAGAACUGGCUUGAAAUCUUUAACUUUAGUUUGUGAAAAUGAUUGUAGCUUUUAUAGCUUGCAGUAAUUUCCUCAUUUUAAUGCAUGUCUGAUAGAGUUUUACUUUUGUGGAAGUAUUCCACGAAAGAAAGGGUGGAUAGGUUGGUUGCAAACAUGAAACAUGUUCGAGUCCUAGCAACCAAGUAUUAUGUAUGUGGUUCUGCUUUUGUAUCAAACGGUAUUACAGUUUUCGUGAAUAUACAGAUAUUAGUAUA